AUGGCCGCUCUGAGGCUUCUCUUUGAUAUAAGUGGUCCUCAAUUAUGACUGUUUUGAAUGAGACUGAUAGCGAGGAUGAGUUACCGCCUGGAUGGGAAGAGAGAACGACGUUAGAUGGAAAUGUUUAUUACGUAAAUCACUACACAAAAGGCACGCAGUGGCCGCAUCCUAGAACUGGCCGUAAAAAGGUCGUUAACGGAGACUUACCACCUGGAUGGGAAAGAUGUAUAUCAGAUGACGGUAAAGUUUUGUAUAUCGACCAUACAAAUCGUACAACAACUUAUACUGAUCCACGAUUAGCAUUUGCUACUGAAUAUAGAGAAAUGUCUCAAAUAAUGCGACAAAGAUUUGAUGCAAGUAGUACUGCAUUGGCAGUAUUACAUGGACGAGACUUGCGUAACAAAGUUGCUCUCAUUACAGGAGCUAAUACAGGCAUUGGAUAUGAAACAGCUAGAUCAUUAGCUCUGCAUGGCUGUAAUGUGAUAUUAGCUUGUAGAGAUAUGGAAAAGGCUAAUGAAGCUAUAAAACGCAUUCAGCAAGAAAAAGAUACUGCAAAGUGUAUAGCUUUAAAAAUGGAUUUAUCAUCUCUGGGCAGUGUACGUGAAGCUGCUGAAGAGUUCAAGCAGAAAUUUAAGUUUCUAGACAUUCUUAUAUUAAACGCAGGCGUGUUUGGACUACCUUAUCAACUUACAAAAGAUGGUUACGAGACAACGUUUCAAGUUAAUCACUUAUCACAAUUUUAUUUGACACUUUUAUUGAAACAGAUUAUACAGAGUUCUACAAAACCUAGAAUUGUAGUAGUUUCCAGUGAAUCACACAGAUUUUCAUCAAUACGAACUGUAGAAGACAUUCACCAGUUAACUUUAUCUGUACCAGCAUAUAAGUAUUGGGCGAUGGCAGCAUAUAAUGAAUCGAAGCUCUGUAAUAUUCUAUUUAUGCAGGAACUGGCACGUCAAUGGCUCUCUGUAGGCGUAUUUGCUUGUCAUCCUGGUAACCUUGUGUCUACAUCCUUACCACGUUAUUGGUGGCUGUACCGAUUAUUAUUUGCCUUAGUGCGGCCAUUUACAAAAUCAUUGCAACAAGCAGCGAGUACAGUUGUGUUCUGCGCUACUGCGCCUGAAUUAGAGGGUAUAACAGGUAGCUAUUUUAACAACUGUUGCCAUUGCCAGCCAUCGAAUGUUGCACUGAAUUCUGCAUUAGCUACACAAUUGUGGACUCUCAGCCAGGAUAUGAUAACAGAUGCGUUAAAAAGAAAUAAUUAAAUGUAAGAAUUGUUACUAUCUUUUAAGACUCGUUUAAAAUUAAAAUAAUGUUGAUGCAAUCGGAUUUUUUUAAUAAUCAUGUAAACUUCUGUAAGACCUGCCGUCUUUAUUAAUAUCUCGUCAGUGUAUGCACUAAGACAGAUCUUUAAUCCAGUGUUCAAGGAGCAGAGGCCACAUGCAAAUACUUGACAAAAUAGAAAUCAUCGACUUCGCAUAAUAAAG